AUGUUCGCCACACACAGAGCCAAACAGCUACCGGCAUGCUGGCGUGGACUCAAAAACACCUAUUCUGGCCAAUCACAGUACUUGGUCAAGCGCAGACAGUUGUCUGGCCAAUGGCCCAGAAGGUCUGAGUAUGACCGUAUGAUGAGACAGAACUUUGUGAAGAAAGCACUUCAGGACAAUCCAGGAUUGCUCAAUGGCAACGGGUCGGUUGAGAAACCGGGCAUGAAGUUCAGGACAAUUGUGUUGCUAGUGGCAGCGUCCAGUUCCAUCACAAUGCUUGUAUACUUGGGGGUUCAGAUAUACAAGGUGACACUGGAUAAGCUGGAGAACGUGGGGCCACGGAGUGCUUUCCUACCGCUCUGGUUGAGCUUUGAUUGGCCCUGGGAACGCAGGUUUUCGUUUCCAAAGUACCUUGCAUACUUGGAUCCAGAGUUUCAUGGGUAUGUGGAAAGUAUACCCAACUUUGCAGAGGAUUUACACCUGCAAAGCGUGGAAUUUCUGGUGUUGGAUGAGCUUUUUAAGCUGAAGCUUGUCAGGGACACGUUUGGCAUUCCGCUUUUGCUUAAAACGGAACAGUCAGAUACGUUUGAUAGCUGGAUCGAGUGUAAGCAUCCUACUGUGCAUGGACCGAAGAUUCUGAUCACCAAGGAGGACGGGAAGCUUCGUCUUCUGUGGAGAUGGUCAGUGCAUCCACUUCUGUGGUGGGGCGAUAUCGAUAAGGCACUUACGGCGCUGGGACUCAAGCUAGAUCGGUUGGAUCCUUCUGAUGCCAUGAUAAAGACGCAUGAAAAGUCCAGUGGGCGUGUUCACGAGGUGAACUCGUCUAAGGAUAGCAAACUUAAGCGGGUGAUCACUACUGAUAAAGACUAUAACGUUUUGUUUCUGGGACUGUUCCAUUUGAGUAAUUCAUCUACGACAAAGACAGGCAGGGUUACGUACAGUGGUAUGAUUGACUUUGACCAUAUGGGCAUUAACAGGGGCGCCAGGUUGACACUGAUAGGUUUGAGUGUUCAAGAAGGCGACGAAGAGGUUUCCUAUAGGAUUGUGUGA